AUGCUUGCUCUGGACAGGCCCCUACAGAACCGCCAAAACUACACGGUGCCAGCGUCGUCGUUGAAGCAGCUGAAGUACGCGUUUAUGUCGAUGCUAUUGCUACGAGUGCUCAAUCUCGAAGACGAACAGACCAUCGUGCUGGGAACGGCGCUGGAAAUGGCGAAGUUGGCCCAAAAGUCCCCCCCAGAGAUACUACCUCAGAUAGCUGUGCCUCCCACCUUGUGGCUCCAAGAAGACGUUGUGUUGCACGAGCUGAAAAUCAAGGUUGCUUUGCUUCGAGAGAUUAACGGUAUGCUUCAAAAGAACGUUCAGUCAUUACUGUCGGAAGAGCUCUUCUUGCUUGACGAUACCACUCUAAUGUACUAUGAGAAACUUUUGAACGCCUACGACUUUCUCAAGUUCAACAAACCGGCGCCUCUGUUCGAUGCUUUUAGAGAAGACGACGAGUACGAGGAUUACGAUGACGACAGCUCAAUGUCAGCUUACCCUUCAUACAUGGACACCAAUCUGGGAAGGACGUCUAUCUCUGAGCUGGCCAGGCCGGGCUCGUUCGCAAGGCUGGUUAGCUCCGGAAGCUACAAGUCUCGCAUGUCGACUCUCUCGAAGGAUUUCAGGAAACUUUCUUUUCUAAAGCUCAACGGUCAUGAAGAUAAGGAGGACACUCCUCCACUGCCGAUUCUGCCCAUAUCGGCACCGCAGAGGUCAAUGCUGGCUACAGCAUUCUCUAGAGACUCACAGGGUUCUCGAGAUUCACUGCUGCACAACCAUCGAGACCAGCUCAAUGCUUUGUUGUCGAAAUCCAAGUUUUACAAUAAGUUGAGGAGAAGAGACUCCACAGCGUCGUACUCUAGUGCAGUAUCGACACCCACAAGUGUGACAAGCAACGCCAGCAAUCCUUCGACAAGAAGAAAAUCAUCCCUGGGCUUUGGUGAUAAGAAACUGAGACAGAGACUUACCGAGUCUCAGAAGCAGGAGAGCCAAAGGAACAAGCUCGACUACUAUGUGCAAGUGAAAGAGCUUGAAGAAAACACCAAGCAACUCGUUGGGUUUUUGGGAAAACCAGGCUCCCGAGCCUCGCUUGUUCGCCUUAUGGACUUUGUCAAGAAUAAUGUUUUUCGUUUGGUGCUCAUUGACGUUUCGUCAAUGAUUGUGGAAUACACCCAUCUAAAAGCGAGUCGGGUGAUUUAA